UGUGUAUACUUUCAACUCAAUUAUAAAGGAAUGAGUGAUAGAAUUGAUGUAAAACUGUGUGCUGUCUGUGGGGAUGAGGCUAUAGGCAAACACUUCGGAGCCCUGGCCUGUAAAUCGUGUAAACCUUUCUUUCGACGAAAUGCACUUAAAAAUAAAGUAUUCAAAUGUAAAACUAAUGACAAUUGUGUCAUAAAUCGCACGACGAGAAAGUCGUGCCGAAAGUGUCGUCUAAAUAAGUGUCUGUCCGUUGGUAUGAAGAAAGAAAGCAUACGAAACGAAGAGCAGAAAUACAGCCGAAGACUUCUUGUGGAAGAGAAUCGUAAGAAAAGACAAAACAAUUCCAUCAAUACUGAUAGCAACGACUCGAAGACAUCGUCAGAGAUAUACAAAAGUUAUGAUAAUUCCGACGAAGAGAUUGAUUCGCAAGACACUAGAAAUUGUGUCAAAUUAUCAUUCAUUGACAAAGUGUUUAACGACUUUAGACGCGAUUCCAAUGCUAGCCAUUCAUCUGAACAAAUAGUUUGCAAAUCAAAUAAAAAUAAAGACUUUUUGAAUGAGUUGUUUGAAGAUAAUAGUGUCAGUGAAGAGUUAGUUGAGUCCGAGAUUCAAGAGAUUGUGAGUUAUAUUGAAGAUAAUAAUGAGAUAACCGGCCAAAUGAACACAAAUGUAGAGUACAAGGAGAGGGCAUUAGAUGUUUGUCACAGAAUCGAGAGACCAUUCAUUGAUAGUUUCCAAGAGGUGCAACAUAUGAAACUCCUAGAGCUGUCAAGUGUGACCAAGAUGUUUACCACUCCGUUAUCGUUGGGACCGGUGUUUAAAAUAACAAAUAUUGAUGUAUUCAAUGGAGUAUAUAAUGAAUUCUGCGAUAAAGAGAUACGAAACGUGAUAACACUGUCAAAGAAUUUGAGUACAUUUCAGAAUAUAUGCGAAAACGAUAAAAUAGCCCUGGUCAAGUACGGGUGCAUUGAUAUUAUAUGCCUCCGGUCCCUCAGCUUUUAUAAUAAGAGUAAUGAAUAUUGGAAUAUAUUUUUGUUAAUGGCUAUAGUGCUCUAUAAUCCCGACCGACAAUACCUACAACAGAAAGAUGUCAUUAAAUUUCAACAGAAUCUCUAUUUAUAUUUACUUCAACGCUAUCUUUCACUCAAAUAUGUGACCGAAUGGGAGGCGCAGACAAAGUUUGGGCGACUUUUGUUGGCUUUGGGAGAUAUCUACCAAUUGGGCAAAUGUCAGCUCAAUAUUGUCUAUCAGGAAGACCCGAAAAUUUUUGGACCUCUUGUCUACAAAUGCUAUUUCGACGAGAAAUGCAAAUUAGAUUCAGUCACCAGAAAGUUCUGCCGCCGCUGUCGACUCCGCAAGUGCUUCGAGAUCGGGAUGAAACAGGAGUGGAUUCUUAACGACGAGGAAAAACAGGUGCGACGGAAGAAGAUUGAGGAGAAACGGAGCAAAAAACGCAAGAAUUCGGUCCAAAGCUCGUCGUCGGAGACAAAGUCGACGUCG